AUGGCAUCCCGUGUAUCAGAGCUGUUUUCAGAAGUUGAUAAGCUUCGUACUGAACUGCUGAACAAUGUCGAACUGAUGACAGAUUGCCUGCGUGUUGAAGAAGAAGUCAGCAGCAGGGACAUUUUGACCCGCAUUGAAAACGUAAUCCUCGGAAUAGUGACGAGUCUUUCCAGAGACGAGGCCCCCGUCCUGGCACUGCCCAACAGAUCCAGCUGGGCCAACAUCAGCUUCGACAGUGCCGUCGGGCUUCAAAUGAACCCGGGAUGCUCCGUCACCACCGUUCGGAGCGACUGUCCGUCGUCCGUCACUAAAUUUGCGCAAAUUCUCAAGAUCUUCCUGGUCAUCUACAAACUUGUGCAGAGCAACUCGUUUGCAACGAAAAGAGACAUCUAUUACAACAACACACAGCUGUUUGGCUCUCAGAAGGCUGUUGAUAGCAUCGUGGAUGAUAUUUCCUGCAUGCUAAAGGUUACACGCAGAUCACUACAUGUGUUGGCCACGUCAAAGGGAUUAAUAUCAGGUGCCCUGUGUUAUUUGGAGGAGGACGGCACAAGGAUUGACUGCCGCUCCAGCUCGGCUGCCGUUGCAGUUUCAUCAAACAUUCGUGGGAUUAGAAAUAUUGUGUCGGCUGCUAAAUUUGUCAUGAUAGUUGAGAAGGACGCGACGUUUCAGAGACUACUGGACGACGACUUCUGCACCAAGAUGUCCCCUUGCAUCAUCAUCACAGGUAAAGGCGUGCCAGACGUGAACAGCAGGCUGAUGGUGAGAAAGCUUUGGGACGCGCUGCACGUCCCCGUCUUCGCUCUGGUGGACGCCGACCCUCACGGGAUUGAGAUCAUGUGCAUCUACAAGUACGGAUCAGUGUCCAUGUCGUUUGAGGCCCGCAGUCUGACUGUCCCCAGCGUUAUGUGGCUCGGCCUCCUCCCCACUGACCUCAAGAGGCUGCGGGUUCCCGAGGAUUCCCUGAUCCCCCUCACCAGGAGAGACGAGAGCAAACUCUGCAGCCUCCUCAAAAGGCCGUACGUCACCGGCAAACCCGACUGGCAGAGAGAGAUGGAGCUGAUGCAGCAGAGCAAAGUCAAGGCUGAAAUACAGUCCCUCGCAGCCAUAGCGCCAGAUUUCCUCACCAGCAUCUACCUGCCCAACAAGCUGCGGUACGGGGGCUGGGUAUGA